CUGUAAGGAUUUAGGACCUUGAGGAUGCCAGAUGUUUCCAGGGACGCAGGCAGACUACAGUUGCGUCGACCUGCUGAUAGGAGCGCAAGUAAGUGAAGGAAAGUAGAGCCGGUUGAACCAGAUUGUGUGUCCUGACGCGCAGGCAUCAGCAGCAAGCAGCAGCGAUGGGAGCUUCGCAGACGCGCUCCGUGCACAAGUACCAGGACCUGGUGGACAGGACGGGAUUUUCACUGGAGCAGAUUAAAAACCUUCACAAAAGAUUCCAGCACCUGAGUGGAAAUGAAGAAACGAUAAGUAAGGAAAACUUGGACAGAAUACCAGCCCUCGCCAACAAUCCAAUCAAAAAGCAGAUAGUUUACGCUUUCUUCGAUAAAAGAAACCAGCAUCAGGAUGAGGUGGGCUCCUUCGAGGAGAUCGGCUUCGAGCAGUUCCUCAUGGUCAUGUCCCACUUCCGCCCUCCAACCUUGAAGACGACAGAGGAAGAGAAGGAAGCUCUGAGGAAGGAGAAGCUUCGCUUCCUGUUCAACAUGCACGACACAGACAAUGAUGGCACCAUCACCCUGGAGGAGUACAGGAAGGUGGUGGAGGAGCUUCUGUCUAAAAGCGGCGCCAUGGGCCUGGAAGCUGCCAAAGCUAUAGCAGAUGCUGCCAUGUUGGAAGUGGCGAGCACAAACGUUCCCCACAUGGCUCCAGAUGAUUUCUAUGAAGGAAUUACAUUUGAGCAUUUUGAGCAGAUCUUAAAAGGACUAGAAAUGGAGUCUAGGAUGCACAUUCGCUUUCUGGAUGUAGAUACCACGACAAUGCGCUGUGGGAAAUCGACCUCUUGAAGGAGCUGCUCUUGUAAAAAGAUGUUUAUGUUGCUGCUGUUUUUAGCAGAAACUCUCCAGCCCUUAAACGGAUCAAAACCAAACACUCUGAUAUGCACUAAUAUAUUUUUAGACGGAGGAAAAUAAUCAUUAAUCUAAUACUGUAAUGGUAUUUUUAUACUAAUAAGGGCUGUAAUCUCCUCAUACAGUGGAACUUUUGGCAAGAUGGUGCUCUAUGAAGGAGUUGGUGUCCCAUGUUUCAAACACAUCUGUUUCUCAUUUAAUCAGGUUUCAAACUAACACACUACCUCUCUGAUUUCUCCUCCUUUUCUACAAAACUUAAUGUGUAACCAGCUUGUUUUGUGAAAGAUUCUUUAUACUCUAGUGAAGAGGUUCACGAUUCACAUGCAGCCAGUCAUCGUCAGUGGCAGCUCUGGCAUUCAUGGGUCAUCUGUUAUGGCCGACAUCCAGAGUGGAGACUGGGGCGCAUACCAUUCCUCUGCAGCUCUAGAAUAGUUGUAAGGUUUACUUCACUGUUCCUCUGAGACUCAAAACAGUCAACUGUUCUGGGAAAAAAAAAAAAAAAUGUUCCUAUAAUUUUUCAGCACUAUCGGGGAAUUUAAACACACAUCUUCCCUUACACUAAUUUCUGUUUUGCACUGAAUUGUUUAAAGUAAUAAAAUAAAUAAACAUGA